CGUUAGCAGUAAUAACCACGUCAUUCAGUCGGGGAACUCCCCCUUUUCCCUCCCUUGUUGGAGCAACAUCCACAGCUUAGAGACAGCUGGAAAAAGAUUUUGGAUCAGAAACGCAAUCAUGAUGACCGGAUUUCGACUAAACUUGUCGCCCCUGAAGGAGCCCCUCGGCUUCGUCAAACUGGUGGAGUGGCUCACAGCAAUAUUUGCUUUUGGAUGCUGUGGUGGGUUUUCCGGGACGAACAUCAUAUCUAUCUUCUGUGGCAAUGACAGGAAUGAGACUCUUAAAGCUACCUAUCAGUACCCAUUUAGGUUGAGCCAUUUCCCACUCAUAGAUGAAAACAGGACUCUUUGUAACCACUUUGUCACUACGACACACAUGGUGGGAGACUCGGCCUCCUCGGCGGAGUUCUUCGUAGGUGUCGGCAUUGUCUGCUUCCUGUACAGCAUGGUGGCUCUGCUGGUUUAUUUAGGCUACAUGCACGUCUACAAGGACUCUGACUUUGGACCCAUUUUUGACUUUGUGAUCACAGCGUUGCUGGUCUUUCUGUGGCUGGUGUGUUCAUCCGCCUGGGCAAAGGGCCUGCAGAAUGUAAAAGACGCCACAGACACUGAAGGCAUCAGUGGCACAUUGGCACUCUGUAAGGGCAGCAACAUCACCUGUGAGGUCACAGAUUUUGCCAACAUGCGGACCCUCAACAUCUCUGUGGUGUUUGGAUUCCUCAACAUGUUUGUGUGGGCAUUCAAUGCCUGGUUUGUGUACAAAGAGACUCGCUGGCACUCCCGGAAGUUUUCAUCCCAACCUGGAGCUGGAAGGCAGCAGGUCCCUGCACCAAUCUAACAUACGGCAACACAUAAAGACUCAAUAGAAAACACAAAAGCAUGCACACGCCACACAGAAAGUCACCGUUAAGCAUGCAUGCACACGCGCGCGCGCGCACACAUAUACACACACACACACACACACACACACACACACACACACA